AUGAGAGCAGACGAAAUAGAGAAUAUUUUGACCGGCCAGUUGGAUAAAAUUCCGAGUUUCCCACCAACGUCCGUCAAGCUUUUCGUCUGCGCAAAUGAGAAAGAAUUUGACCUAGAGCGGAAAUACCUUUGGCACGAAAUAUUGCCGGAUCUACAACAGCACUGUCUUCAAUAUGGAAUCGAUAUCCAGUUAGUGGACUGGUUGCUAGUCAAUCAAAUUGAAUCUACUUCCUGUGCCAAAGAACUCGAUGAACGGUUGCUGGAUAUUGAAGAUUGCCACAAAAAUUCAAUUGGACCGUUCUUCUUGGCCUUCAUUGGGGAUGAGCAUGGCCGAGUGCUUUUACCAAAAAGUUUCAAGCAAGAGGACUUUGACAAUCUGAAGCGUGUUUUAGCGAAGCAGAGUCUACAGUUGCAGCAGCUGACCUCCCUAUAUGAGCUAGACGAGAAUGCAGUGCCGCCGCAGUAUGUCAUCAAACGAGUGGGCAACAAUUGGAAAAGUCUGGCGGAUAACUUUAUGGUUGUGCUACAAUCAAUUCUCGUGCAGGACAAAUACAUUAACGGUUUUGACGGCUUGUUUCUAUCGGGUUUCGAAACUGAGGUCAAGACGGCGUUGAGUCUCGACCCAUGCAAGUGCGUGUUCGUCAUCAGACACCAUAAGGAACAUGUCAAAGGCCCAACAGUGCACGACCACCACAAUUAUCAACUGUCAUCUAACGACAUGCACAAUGGCACCUCUCCCAUUGGUCGUUUAAAAGAUUGUGCAUCAUCAAAGGACCGGAAGGCUGUGGUAAAAGUACAAUUCUUGCUCGAGCUUGCCAUCGUGCACGAGAACUCUUUGGUGCCGAUGCAAUAA